AACACAUUAGCUUCUUACAAGUUUUGGUGUUUUUGAUAAGCUUGAUUUUGACGUGUCUUCAACAAAUUAAUUUAACGUUUUUCUUCUGACCAUUUGUACAAUCUGCAUUUGAUAGUUUAUUAUCCAACUAACUUCUUUCUCACUGUGAUGAUGAUGAACUUAGAUGCCUUGUUAUACGUAGGGAUACUCUUCUCUGUGCAAAUGAAAGCGGUCGAAGGUGAUUUAUACAUUGAAAGCUGGUCAACUUUCAAUAAUGAAAGCCUCAAUUUGUCAUUUGUCGACAUCCAAGUAUACACAACCGAUCCUUUUCAUCAUGGUUAUUGGAGGAGUUGGAGUUUUUAUUAUUUUAACUGGGAUGUCGGUGACGUUUUUUGUACCCUUUGGAUGGCAAAACGUAAUGCAGAUACUUUGCCAUGUAAUGUGGUAUCAGAGCCAGGUUUUCAUUCCGAUUACCCUCUGGCCCUUCGGAUGAUCAACUUGGAGCCAGACAGUGUGUAUAAUCUCACAGUCGAAAGCCUGCACUCAGAUUACGGGUUUAACGAUUAUGAUGGGGGAACAUUCUUCAUAUGCACUUCAGACAAUCAAUCAUCGUCGGCGAGGCCUUGGAACCUCAUCAGUGAUGAUCAAAUGGUACCUUCAACUUCCCACUCUAUUACGAUUCCACCUCAAUUCUUCAACACAACAUUGCUCGAUAGUGCUUCAAUUAAGACUGUAAAUGGAACUUGGGAUUAUGAACCCUGGUUGUCCUGGAGGUCGGUUCCGUUUGACAAUGCAUUGGGAUACACGUACCAAGAUCUACUUGCAGGCACUCAAUACUUGAUGCAGUUUUUCGCUAGCAGCUUUGAGUGUGACAUCGGAUUCCUAGAAUUUCAUACUGACGUUUUAGCCUGCACAACUCCCAUGGCACCUGAUGCCAAGUUCUAUGCUUACGAUUAUCGAGUCAUGUACUACGAAAUCACCCAAAACUACUCGUAUUUUGACUCCAUCACGGCAGCAAUCGAACCCCCGGACGCACCCCCUCUGCGUGAAAUGGGGGGAUACUUUGUGGAUCUGAAGGCUGGGACCCUAUACACACUGACAGUUACGGUGGAAAUUGGAUCUGUUAUUGACUGUGGAUCUACUAAUCCGGAAGACCUCUUUGCCAAGAGAACCAAAAGGGCCUUCUCACUAGUUAAAACUGCAACUUAUCCUGAUGAUGACGAUGGCAAUGAAACAGUUUUGGCGGUAGUGAUCACAGCAUGUGUUGUCCUUCUAGUUGUCAGUGUUAUUCUGAACAUUCUCUCUGGAACAUACAUCUGGCGCGCCCUUUACCAAAGAAAAUCACGAAAUUCUACCGACGACAAAAACAAUCUAAAGCUGGAUGACAGAAAGGAAGUUAACAACAUAUCAGCAGCUGUGAUCGGAGAGUACGUGGCAUCUGCGCCACCAUCAAGCAGAGCACAAGAAGUCUACGAUCACACUUACGACAACAGUCAAGUCACCAACAUUCACCCCAUCACAGAAGCCAAUCCCUACGAGAUGGAAUAAUUGAAACGAAAAAGGAAGCUAAAAUGAAAUUUACUACUCAAAUUGUUAAUGUUGAAAAACGCGUUCAUUAAUAAAAUCAGUGAAGAAUAAACCAGAAGA